UAUGUAGAUGUGGUUAUAAUGGUUUUCUUUUCAAUGCCAAGCUAACAUUUUUUCUUCUGCAGGAGAAAAACACCGGGUAAUUAUUGUCGAUUCUAAUUUCAAACCAUUUACUUUCCAAUAUACCAGAGAUGUGUUUCACAGGGUUUUUUUUUUAUAAUAACAUUUUCUGCCGGAUAUACUGACAUGUGAUGAAGAAAUGUGAUACGCUCUGCUAUGUUCAUGGAUUUUCGCAAUAAAUUGUUGACAGAUAGUCCACCUUAAAGAAAAUGGCAGGAAGUGGCGCCAUAGAAGUUGAACGAACGGACAUAACCCGCGAGUCAUCCUUUGCCAAUACUGAUGUAACACCAGAUCCCAAAAAUUGCGUUUGCUGUUUGUGCAGAAAUGGCAAAUCCCAACAAAAGUUUGCCAUGGCCUGCGCCAUCGUCCUUUGUAUGGCCAUCACAUGGGUAGCGAGCGCCCAGCUUUGUCGGGAAACCUACAUCCCUGGCCAGUUCCUGUCGCCUCUGCUGUGUCUGUAUUUUUGGUCAUCGUGGCUAAUUUUCUUCUAUCCUAUGUAUGUGGGCAUCGAACUACUUGUGUCCAAGGGGGACUUUCCUGUCGGACAAACUUUCAGAGAAAAUCUUCAUAUUUACGGACCUUAUGAUUUCCAUGUCGGUCGCUUUGUGUAUAAGACGAUCACACUAUGUUUCCUGUGGGGGCUGACGGGAUACACAUACGUCCGGUCACUGGACCCGGGUUUCCUGGAGACCACAGACAUCUCCGCUCUACUGACCACCAAUCACACCUUUGUCUACAUGCUGUCAUGGAUUGUUUUGUUUGAGAAAUUCGUUCCACUCAGGAUAUUUGCCCUCAUCCUCUCUAUCUCCGGGGUUGUCCUCUUUGCAUACGCUGAUGGAUUCGGAUCACACUCGACCUGGGGCGUUGUUUUGGCCAUCUGUUCGUCUUCAGCACUUGCCGUUUUCAAGGUUCUUUACAAGAAAUGGAUUGGUCGAGUGAGCUUUGGUCAGAUCUCCAUGUUUUUAUCCAUCAUGGGACUUGGAAAUCUUCUGACGCUCUGGCCAGUGAUAAUCAUCUUACAAUACACAGAAUUGGAAUACGUGAAAUCCAGCGUGCCUUGGAAUGUUCUCUUUGGAGUUGCUGCCUUGAUGAUUGUGUUUCAAUUUUUAUCAAACUACACCGAGUGCCUGACCAAUGAUUUGGUCACGGGCCUCGGAAUGGUGGUGGCGAUACCAAUGUGUGGGGUCUCGGACUACAUUUGGCGGAGCCGCACCUUUAACGGGAUGAAGUUCUCUGGGGUGGUACUCUCUACCCUGGGUCUGCUAUUGGUCCUUGUGCCAGACAGCUGUAUUGGGGAAGUCUGCACGUCCUGCAUGAAACACAUACACACCAAACCGAAUAUCCCGCCUCCCGAGAGGAGAGGCAGACGUGCACGUAGGGACAUCAUACGAGCUUGACCUUGACCUUCGCUACACUACUUCAUAUUUACCAUUUGGUUCAUUUGUUCUUUUCAUCCUUUAUUCAAAUUACUGUUGAUAUGUCGAAACAUAUAAUUUACAAUUGGUUACAAAAUUGAAAUUUUCCAUAAAACCUUUAUAUUUUUAUUUUGGUCGACUAUGCUUCGUAAAUUUUUCUAUUACCCUGAAAUUUUAAUAAUGUAAAUGAUAUUAACGGAUUGAGGAACAAAGCGUUAUCAAUCAUAGGCUUUCUAAGCUGUUUGAAACAAAGUUGAUUGUUCAAUGACAAAUACUAAGCCAAUUAUUUGUACCUAUUUACGAUAUGACUAUAUACGUAUAUAUGUAAAUAUGAUAAGGGCUCUAAACUGAGAUAUAUAUUAUUUCUUUUUAUUUAGAUUUACAAAUAAUUUGUAGAAAUACUCAUAUGAUUUUGUACUGAUUUCCAAUUAAUGUGAAUGCUUUUAAUUUAGAAACACGUGAUAUGAUAAAUUUGACCAAUAUUUCCAAUGCAUUCCCAUCGCUUUUCACAACUACUUUUCCAUGUGGUUAAAAUCAGCGCAAACUUGAACAAAGAUAUUUUCAUUAUAUAAGUAUAUAUCCAAGACUUGUAAAUGAUGGACAAUACUGCUUGUCCAAAAAAUGUAAUUUCGGAUUAUUUGUAAAAUAGCGCCAUAUCUGACGUCAUAUUCUGCUAGAGUGCAAAUAGAUAUCCCAUGACAACUCUUCUACAAAACAAGAGAACAAUCCAACAUAACCGAAAGAUCAAAAUUUUAAAACUAGAAUCGUACUUAUUCCAUAGAUUGUUUUACUCGUAACAACAAUAAUGAAAUUUUUACCAUUUUGUACAAUUCCUGGAAAUUUAUCAAACAAAAAAUAAUUUGGUAAAAUUACAUUACGAUGAGAUGGUCGAACUUGCCAAAAAAGUAAUCAACGUAGAUUUUUGUUGAUUUUUCUAAUUUAAACGGGUUAUCGUUAUAUGAUUAAUUAAUAUAGAUUGCAAAAUAAGUCUUUUUAACCUUUGGCAGAACAUCAAGGGUUAUUAGCUGCAUUUUUCCUGUCGGCUAUUUAUUGUAAAAUAUUAGCUAACUACAUCAAUAACCACACCAAAUUAAGGUUUAUGAACAUUUCUUUGUCAAAUGGAUUUGGAAAGCAAUUUUAAGGGGCUCAGAUUGAGACAAGAUGAAAAUAUGUUCGUUCUGUACUUCUUACAUUCUUAAAAAAUGUUUUAAAUUUAGUUACAAGUAGAAUUAUUUUCAUAACACGUUUUGCCAGGAAAGUAUCAGUUAAGGUCAAGAUCUAGUAAAUUUUUCAAGAGUGUCUUUUAUGUGCUAGAACCAUUAUGACGUCAUAAUUGAUUUUGAUGAAUUUUUUCCCGUAUUUUGCAGAUUUAAAGGAGUUAUGUAGAAAAUAAAACAAUAUUUUGACAUUCUAUCUUCAUUCACGUGAAAAGUGAUCCCGGUACCUAUAUUCAAUUUGACAUCAUUUUAAAGAAGAGGUCAAGAUCUUGUUUAAUGCCGUUUUUGGAGAGACUGUAGGCAUUCUAGAUAUAUUUCUUAAGUCAAAAAUGGACAAAACUCCGAGAUUUGUUACUUUUAUCCUUCAUAUUUCAUUGAAAAUGGUUGUUUAAAUUUAAUUGAGUUUACCAAAAAUUUAAGCCCCGGUACACCCUAUGAAACAAAGAUAUUGUUAUGAAGCAUCAUUGAAAGAAUUUAUAUCUUGAAUUUCAUAACCCUGUAGGCACCUCAUUUACUAUCUUGACCUUAAAAAAAUACACAUCUUGUUGCCUUAAGCAUAUUUGAAUUACACUCAACAUUUAAUCAUUGUAAAAAUCUUAAGUACAAUAUUUGUUCGUUGUGUUGCUAUGAAAGUUUGAAUUGUUGCUUAUCAGACCUAUAUGUAAUCAAAGUACUGAAGUACUGAAAGCCGGGCUCUUUUGGUGUGUCUUUAUGCAUAUUGUGUAGUAAAGACUGAAAAUCUCUCUCUCUCUCUCUCUCUCUCUCUCUCUCUCUCUCUCUCUCUCUCUCUCUCUCUCUCUCUCUCUCUCUCUCUCUCUCUUGCUUUUAAUGUCGGCAAAGCAUCAGAGAGCGACCAAAUUUUGUAAGCGGCUAUAAACAAAAAAUAUGUCUGUCUAGUAGAAGUUAAAAAGUUCAACAGUUGCUGCCUUGAAUUUUGCGACAAGCAUUAUAUAUUCAAUCCCCAUUUCUUCAGCGCGCAGCAAAGUAGUUCAUGGAAAUUCAUGCGCAUUGUAUGUGUCCAAAAUGCAUAGUAAUGUUUUAAAAACACGUUAUUAAUAAGAAAACUAAAAAAGAUAGACAAUUCAUUCAAAAUUAAAAAAAAAAAGAAACAAAAUGCCAACACUUUUGACAAAACGUGGCUCUUUGUGUAACUAUUUGGUAUAGCGGAAGCUUUACCUUGACGCUGUUUGGUUUUUUGUUUACUUGUGCUAUUUAUAGUAACAUUGGCGAUUUGCCUGCCUAUAGCCAGGACUCUGCUUUCAGCAGAGCCCGGCUAAAAAUAUGUAAAAUGAGUUGAAUUACAUUCAUCAACUUAUUCUACCAAAAUUUUUAUCUUAGAAUGAUGUCUUUUAUAUGAAUGUGAGUUGUACAUGUUUGUUUGUUAUACAUAUUUUAUAUGUACUUCAUAUAUAUAUACACUUGAGGUUUGUUUUGUGCAAUUUUAAAUGAACUACCACUCAGUAACAUUGAAAACUACGAUAUGAAAUAUACUUUUUAUAUUAUUUUGAACAACAAAAAAUUAGUUCGCAAAAGCACAAAUCCUGGAUUAUGUUAUGUAAUCGAUUGUAUAAAAUACAACAUAAUUAUUACCGAGCGCAGCGAGAGGCGGGCGAAGCCCGCCUCGCGGAGCGAGGAUUAAUGGUAACACGUAUAUAUAAGAAAAUCAUUGAAAAAUGAAUGUUGAAUCAGGGGUACUAAGGCCAAAAAAAAUUUCUUCCAGCCCUGGGCGCCGCCAUAUUGGCAGCCAUUUUGAUUUUAAACAGUUAGUUCGAUCAUUGAUUGACUGGUACUUAUCGAUGUUUAUUGCCCCUAAACUCGAUUAAAUAAGUUCCAGUGUUUCAAUAGAAGGUAAUUUGAAUUAAAAGAAAUAAAAGAGGACACCAGAUAAGUUUCAAUAGUGCUUCAAUCAAGAAACACGACUUGUUCAAUGUAUGUCUUAUCAGAUUAUCAGAUGGAAAAUAAAAACAUUACCGUCAAGGAACUGAUCUUUUAGAUACUAAAUAAAGUAUUCAAAUUUAUUACAGCGGCAUUCACAUGAAUUGAAUUGAUGAACAAUGAAAGAAAAAAUACUAAAAAAUCGGAAUCAUGGAACUCUCUUCGGGUAUUUCCGUUGAAAAAACUUGAACGUUUUACGUCUGAAAUAUGACGUCAUAAUGUAAACUGAGCACGCGACGUUUAGUUUAACUUUGACGAAUGAUUUGAGUAGGCAUUAGGAUCUGUGUGCGUUUUCUAAAAUAGAUUUUAUUAUACAAAAAUCAAACUGCACUGUGCUAAUCUGCGCUCGGGCCAACGGUCACGCCGUUUACAUAUUAUUCAAUCUCUUUGUACUCUCCGAAUAAACCGGACCCUAAGACCACUAAGUAAAAUAUAAAAUAUGGAACAUUAUUAUUUUUUUUUUUAGCAAAAAUGUUUGAAAAAUCUUUUUACUAUCUAAUUAAAGGAUCGCAAUUCGAGCUUAAAACUUAAAUUAUUAUUUCAUUUUUUCAUUUUUUGAUGUUCACAAUGCUUUUGUUCCUAUUUCCAAUAAGCCAAAACUUGAGAAUCAUUAUUCAAUUAGCAAGAUAUAAUUUUUUUUAUUUGGAAACAAAGCUCGUGUCAUAAUUUUGUUCACAUAGGGAGUGCUGUAUAGACAAUAUCUGGUUAAAAACAUACUUGAAUAUGCCAAACUUAAAAAAAACUGUUGAAACAUUAAAAUUAGAAAAAAAAUUGACAAUUUUCAACUAAAAUCAUGACAAUGACCCUUUAAAUAUUUCAAACAAAAGAUUAAUUAUUUUUAAUUCAAAAGUUAUGAAAGCUUUAAAAAAUAUGUAAAUGGUCUUGAGGCCUGGAAAUCAAUUUUUACCACAUCCAUUAAUGGUAAUUUUGAUUUUAACUUGCUACGAGAAAUAGAGUUUGAAACAUCAUCAUUUCCUAAGAUUUUAACAUUACAACGAAAUCCAUCAAUCUAAUCUGUAAUUUCGUGCAGUCAUUCCAUCUGUAAUAAAACGCACAAUUUAAA